CGAGUGUAAGAUUAAUCCUCAACUUAUAAACUCUUGUUCAGGUGUCAUUCUUUAUACGUGCAUUUGUGUUUUUUCUCUAUACUAUUUCUUAUUACAACAACAAAAAAUUAUCAAGAUAAAUUAUGGAGGAACAACACAGUAGAGAUUCAUCAUCAAUGUGCAAAGUAUGCGGUGAUAAAGCUUCGGGAAAACAUUAUGGUGUGCCAAGUUGUGAUGGAUGUCGUGGAUUUUUUAAAAGAUCAAUUAGGAGGUAUGCCAGAAAUUUGGAUUAUGUUUGUAAAGAAAAUGGACAAUGCAUAGUUGAUGUAUCAAGGCGUAAUCAAUGCCAAGCUUGUAGAUUUGCAAAAUGUCUUGAAGUCAAUAUGAAGCGUGAUGCGGUACAACACGAAAGAGCGCCGAGAAGUACUUCGUCAUUGGUUGGUGCUGCAAGACGAGGACCCUCAACAAUUUAUCCAAGUAUAUCACAUGUCUACCACACAACUGGAAAUCCUUAUCCUCUCAUGUAUCCGGCGCUCUUUCCAUUCAAGCCGAGUUUACCGGCUUUUAACACGGGAAUCGGACAUUUUAUGCCAAGACCAACACCGACGGAAUCACUGGCACCGAGUACUCCCAAAGACGAUGAAGUGACAAGUUCAGAAGAAGCAAGUGUUGCUAUUCGACAAAUUGAACAAAAAGAUGCGAUCGGAGGAAGAUUACCAACAACAAUUAUGACACCACCAUUGCCAGAUUAUGGAACAACAAGUCAAUCAAUUUUACCAACAGAAAAUAUAUAUGAAUCAGCAGCAAGAUUAUUAUUUGCUGCUGUACAAUGGGCACGUGGAAUACCUUCAUUUUUCGAGCUAUCAACAAGAGACCAGUCAUUACUAUUGGAAGAAUCUUGGAGUGAAUUAUUUGUACUAACAGCAGCCCAAUGGGGAUUUUCAAUAAAUGAAUCAAUUUUUUCAUCAAUGAUACUUCCACCAGAUAGAAAAGAUAUACUUGCUGAAGAAUUGAGAAGAUUACGUGAUUUAUUAACACGUUUUGCAAUACUUCGUGUUAAUGAUUUAGAGUAUCCAUACUUGAAGGCAAUUGUUCUCUUCAAAGGAGAAUGUCGAGGUCUCUGUGACACCGGCAGAGUAUCAGCCCUUCAGGAACAAACAGUAACACUGUUGAGUGAAAGAGGUGCUGCUCGUGUUGGUAGACUUUUACUACUUUUACCCCCAGCACGUGCACUUUGUCGUACAACACUUCAAGAGCUUUUAUUUAAACCAACAGUCGGCGAUGUCAGUAUUGAAAGAUUACUGAAUGACAUGAUACGAGCAACAAGACCCAUUUAG